AUGCUCCUACCUCCAUGGUCCAGCUUGAGCUGCGGCCGGCGGAGUUGCGACAGGCACAGCGGUAGGGAGAGCAGGGCUGCCAACAGAGGCCACGGAGACAUCUCGACGACUGGAGUCUGGGGUGCCCCUCCAGGCCUCUCCCCUCCCGCCGUAGGUGGAAGGGGUCUUUUUCAUUUCGCUCUAUCAAUGGAUAUAAAAGCCUCUCGAAAACACAGACGUAAAAAAAAGCCCCACAAAGAUGAUCCGAAUACAGAAAAGUCGAAGAAAGACGACCCGAAUACAGGAAAGCCUAAGAAAGACGACCCGAGUUCAGGAAAGGCUAAGAAAAAUGAUUCGAAUAAAGGAAAGCAAAAGGAAGAAAUUGAAAUGACCGAUGUGCAGAAACAGAAGCCAACACAUAGUGAGAAAAAAAAGUGA